CUCUCUCUCUCUCUCUCUCUCUCUCUCUUAGAGAGGCCACAGCCAUGGCCGCCCAAGGAGAAGACCUCGACCUCCUUCUCUCCCUUCGAGAAGAGAGGGUUUUGGAGACUCCGCCCGGUUCUCCUUCGUCCCGUCGUUCCCAUUUGCCAGGCUACCUAUUGGACGAUGGCUCCCCCAAGAUGUCUCAAUCCACCGACAUGUCUGUAUUCCGAGAUGCUGUCAAAGAUUACCUCGACACUGUGCCCAGCAGCACUGCUGCCACUGUUCCAUCCAAGUCAAACAGGCCGAGGAGCUCCAAUGCAGUGGAGGUUGAGAAGUUUUCAGGUCUACGAAUCAGAAAUCCAUUGGUAUCCUCCGUGGAGAUUAGCAACCGCUUCUCAGAUAUCCGAUUUGUUCGGCUGCCAGCCAUCAGGAAUUUGUUGGUGGGUGAUACUCUUUCUGGUUGCUGGGUGACGGUUGGGGUCUCAAUCGAAAAGGGAGCUCCUAAAACGAGCUCGGUCGGGAAGAGCUACAGCAUUUGGAAAAUGGGCUGUCUGGAUGGAGCAGGUGUCUCUGUUUUCUUGUUUGGUGAUGCCUACUUCAAGAGCUGUAAUGAGCCUGUGGGUUCAGUAUUUGCGUUAUUCAAUUCUGCGGUCCGGAAAGAUGCAAAAGGGUUCUCUUUGAGUGUCUAUUCAGCUGGGCAGAUGCUAAAGCUGGGAACUUCUGCUGAUUAUGGUGUCUGCAAAGGCAAAAGAAAGGAUGGGAUGGCAUGCACGAUGAUCAUAAACAAAUGUCAAGGAGUAUAUUGCAAAUUCCACACAGCAAAAGCUUCCCAGAAGUAUUCUACCAUGCGUGCUGAGCUGAAGGGUGGAAACUUGAAUUCUGCAUUUAAGCUCCAGUCAGAGGGAAUUUACAUGGUUGAUCCUCUAGCUGACAGAUCAAAUUUGAGGAAGCCUUUACAGCCAGUGAAAGUAAUGUCUGUGGAUGGUCUUAAGAAGGCUUUAAGUAAUGCAGAUAAGGUGACUUCAAAUAGCCAAUCACAGGGAAUAAGAUUUCUUACACAAGUUACAGCUAAUAUGGAAUCCAAGAUAUCAAAUAAAGGAUUCACAAAGCUGAACCAAAUCAAGGGCAGCUCAGACAAAAGGUCAUCUUUAGCCAUGAAAAUGGCAUCCAAAGUAGUCGGAAAAGGUGAACAGCGAGAUGCUAAAAGAAAGAAAACUCAUCAUGCUUCUGAGAACAUGAUAGAGCUUGACAUUGUUAGUUCAGAUGAAGAAAGUUGAUGUCAUGCGGCAUCUUGUUGUGGUAAAGCUGUCCACUACAUAUCUCCAAUGGAUAAGUGCAGUGAGGAAGCUCUUAAAGCAGGAGUGGGAGUCAUGCUUGAAGAUCUGAUGUCUUCAGCAACUUUAUAUAUUGUUGAUGGUUGCUGAGAUCAUGCUAAAUACCAGACCUGGUCCUAGUCGAAGCAUUGUAGUAAUAUUUUUUUGCAUGUGCCUCAUGCUUUCUGUAAUUAAAUAUAUGGCAUAAGUUAUAGGCAUUUACUUUGGGUCUGGAUGGUUUCCUACCUGGAUUUACUUUGUUGAGUUACAUUGAUGAAGUGUUUAUGUUCUUAAAGUUGCAUGUGGCCUUUCAAUCAAA